UCUUUCCCUCUUAAAUAUCACCAAACAAACAAAAAACCACAAAGUACCUGACUACUACUAAGCAAUGGCAUACCAAGGAAACAACUACUAUGAGCGGGAGGUCAUCCGUGACAGCCCAUGUGACUCUUACUCUGAGUACAGCAGGGUUGAGGGUGGAUAUGGAAGGCCUGCAGGCUACCCAAUUGGCCACCAGCUACCCCACCACCACAACCACAACAAUGUGGUGACUGAUGUUGUAUAUGAGACCAGCACCAUUCCUAGGUAUGGACACCACCACCACCACCACGGCGGUGCUGAGGUUGUUCAGAGGCAGGAAGAGAGGAUUGUUUAUGAAAAUGAUUUCGACCCAUGCAGGAGGAUGUACUAGAUUAGUGCACCAAAUCUUCUCGUGUCUGCAAGAUCUAACAUCAAGUGCUCAAGUAUGGGUAUUAGUAUAAUAAAUUUCCCCUAAGCCAUUACAGAUGGUCUGUUUGCUACUAAAUAUUGCAGGAUGCUUCUUCUACUACCAUAUAUUGGUACUAUUAUUUGUAAUGUAUUUGACUAUUCCAGUGAAUUAAUAUGGCAUUUUCGUUUAAAAAGAAGAAA